UACAAGAGAGAGAAGACUGGAUCCGUGUCCCCCUGGUACAGUCACUACUGCAGGACUCCACUUAAGAUGACUUAUUCUUAAUGUUUUCUUUCAUUUAUUAAUUUGAUGCAAUGUAAUUCUCAUGGUGUAUGAGUUUAUGUAGCUUCUUACGUCAUUUCCUGGUUUCUGGUUUUAUAACUCCCAUUCGCCAUGGAUCUGGUCACAGUUCUUCUCUCCAUUGUUGUCAUACUAUUUUUGGUCAAAGCUUUCAAGAACCAAAAGCAAGGAAAUUACAAAAAUGUCCCACCUGGUCCAACGCCUUUACCGAUCAUUGGAAAUAUCCACAUCAUGGAUAUAGGAAAACCCCAUAAAACAUUUUUACAGUUGUCUAAGGAGUACGGCACAGUCUUCAGCAUCCAGAUAGGAAUGUCAAAAUCAAUUGUCCUAUGUGGUUACGAGACCAUCAAAGAUGCUCUAGUCAAUCAUGGUGAAUUAUUUGUGGAAAGACCACAUACACCAUUGUUUGCAGACACAAUAAAAGGCCACGGUAUUGUCUUUUCCACGGGAGAGAACUGGAAAGUAAUAAGAAGAUUUACACUCUCAACCUUACGAGACUAUGGAAUGGGAAGAAAAACCAUAGAAAACAGGAUCAUUGAGGAAUCUGAAUGCUUAAUCCAGAAGUUAAGAUCAUAUGAAGGAAAGCCCUUUGAUAAUGUGACAAGUAUUUAUGCUGCUGUAACCAACAUAAUUGUGUCUAUACUGCUGAGUAAAAGGUUUGAUUAUGAGGAUCCGACCUUACUACGGCUAAUGGGUUUAGUCAAUGAGAAUGUAAAACUUCUAAGCAGCCCUUGGGUCAUUCUGUACAAUUCUUAUCCAUUUCUGGCAAAAUGUCUACCCGGAGCUCACAAAACAAUUUUUGAAAAUGUUAAAGAGUUUCAGGACUUUAUAAGAAGGACAUUUACAAAACAGAAGAAAGAGCUGGACGUGAAUGACCAGAGGAACCUCAUUGACGCCUUCUUAGCCAAGCAACAAGAGGGAAAAUCUGAAUUCUCUAAGUAUUUCCACAAUGAGAAUCUGACUGCUCUGGUGGCGGAUUUGUUUGGGGCUGGAAUGGAGACCACAUCAACCACAUUAAGAUGGGCUAUUCUUCUUAUGAUGAAAUAUCCGGAAAUUCAACAAAAAGUGCAAAAUGAAAUUGAACGUGUGAUUGGAUCGGCCCAACCUCAAAUGGAGCAUAGGAAACAAAUGCCGUAUACAGACGCCGUCAUUCAUGAGAUUCUUCGGUUUGGGGAUAUCGCACCGCUUGGUGUUCCACAUUCAACUACUCAGGAUAUCACCUUUAGAGGCUACUUUAUUCCUAAGGGUGCCGCUGUAAUUACACUGCUGCAUUCAGCUCUCAGGGAUAAAGAUUACUUUGAAAAACCAGAUGAGUUUUAUCCAGAGCAUUUUCUUGACUCCAGUGGAAACUUCAGGAAGAACGAGGCCUUCAUACCAUUUGCAAUAGGAAAAAGAAGUUGUGCUGGGGAGACUUUGGCUAAAAUGGAGAUAUUCCUCUUCUUUACGUCACUGUUGCAAAACUUUACAUUCCAACCAGUACCUGGAGCGAAACUUGAUCUUAAUCCAGCCAUGGGGUCUACAAAUGCCCCCAAGCCUUAUACAAUCUGUGCUGUACCUCGCUGAUGGACUAUGAUUACCACUAAUUCUAAUGUCAAAGACACUUUGAAGGACAUUUAUCAAAACUGGUGCUAAGGGAAACUAGCUUAGGUGCCUAUAGCAACAAGGGAGCUUUAAAUAAUGAAAGGUGGAAUCUGAUUGGUUGCUAUGGUCACCUAAGCAAGUUUUCCUUAAAUAUCCCCCUUGUAUCAUAGAAAAAAGUUAGUAAAUAUUUGACAAAUAGAAGUCAUAUAUUCAAAGGUAGAAAUGAAGAAAAUUUUAGCAGUGUUAAGCGAAUUCGAACUGUCCAAAGUGGACUUUGAUCUGAAUUUCAGGGAAAAUUUGAUUGGCCGCAAAGCCAAAUUUCCUUGUGCUUCGUGCUAACGAAUUGAUUUCCCCGAAAUGAGAA